ACUAUUCCCGCACACCUUGCAUGGAUAUCCUCCAAUCACAAUCUCCACCUUUACGGCUCCAUCACACGUUUCAGGAAGGUCCGCAAGCUUUGUUUUAUUGGCGACUGCAUGAUGCUAUGUGAUUGCUUAUUCACUCUCAACCUCUGCCCGAUGGCACGGCCUACGCGGCCUGCACGGCUGACAUACUUGACGGUUUAUCACGCUUGA